AUGAAAAAUAUAGUAGGCAAAGUAGUUGUCCUGGGUUCGCAAGGUGUCGGAAAGACGAGUAUUGUAAGAAGAUAUAUCGAGAAUGUUGUAAAUCGUCCUAUCAAUCCAACUGUAGGAGCUUCCUUUUUUACCUGCAAAUUAAAUAUAGCUGAUACCGAAGUUAAAUUGCAGGUGUGGGACACAGCAGGAGAAGAAAGAUUCAAGUCAAUGGCGCCAAUGUAUUAUCGUAAUGCGAACGCCGCCAUGUUGGUAUUCGAUGUGACCCGAUACAAUAGUUUCACGGCUAUUAAAAAUUGGGUUACGGAAUUGAAAAGAAACGUCGAGGAACAAAUGGUAUUAACUGUGAUCGGUAAUAAAUCGGAUCUUUUCAAUGAUCGAGAAGUCGAUAGCGAAGAAGGUAGAUUUUAUGCGACUAAAAUCGGUGCAACUUAUCACGAAACUUCGGUACUACAUAACGACGGCAUUGAAAAUGUUUUUUUGGCGAUAGCCAAAGGAUUGAUAGAUUUGUCUUCUGGUAAUACGCAAAUAAUAUCUUCGUUAAGGAUCUCGGAUUCGAAUAGUUUUGGAUUUAAUAAUUCUGGCAUGUUAUUGUCACCUGCCGAAGAAACCGCACAGAAUCCUAACAUCGCACUUGGAAUAAACGAAAAGAUUCGUACUUGUUGUUGAUCCCACUGAUUGAACGAUCGACGUUGUUGUUCUUUUUUUUAUUUGUUUUUUUUUAUUUUAUACAUUUUUUUUUUCUUUUUAAUUCGUCUUUUAAAAAGUAUACCCUAUUGUCAAUGCAACAAUGUCUUAAGAAUUUAGGAAACAACGUGCGUGCGUGUAGGUGUGUGUGUGUGUGUGUGUACGUGUACGUGUACUUGUGAGUGUGUGUGAAUCCUCAUCGUCUUCCAUGAGAUAACAUAUCCUUUAUUUAAUCUUUAAUUAUUUUAUAAAUAAUUCUCUUUAUAAAUAAGUCGUUUGUAUCGUUCUAAAAGAGUCAUACAAUCUAUUUUAAUUAUGAGUGAAAAUGAUCGUCAACGACAAAGAUUGUAACAAUUGAUUAGUUUUGAUCAGUAUAUAAUACGGUUGUAGAUUUAAACGUUAACGUUUGAUCAUACGCUUUUGAUAAUCUAAUAAUUAUCUUUGAUCAAAGAGAUCCAUGCCGCUUGUUACUUACGUAUUUCCAAACGCCUGUAUAUCAAAAAGAAAGGAAAACAAAGAUAAAGAAAGAAAGAGAAAAAAGAAAGAAAAAAAUGUAGCAACGCGAUUGUCAAUUAUAAUCCGUUUAUUAGGAAACGUAAAACACGUAUUUAAUGAAAAUAAUACCAAACGUAUAAGCCAUUAUGAACACGUUAGAAAUACGUAACUAACUGUUCUUACUUUAGACUGAGAUUUUUCGUAUUUUUUUUUUUUUUCUUUUUUUUUUUCUUUAUGUCUUUUAUUUAUUAUUAUUUUAUUUUAUUUUAUUUUUAUUUAUUUAUUUUUUUUUUCAUUUUUUUUUCGUCAAUAUUUCUCAACAUAUCGUACAAAAUCAAUGGCCUCGAUAGAUAUGUCGAUAAUAAUUAUUAUAAAAUAUACAAUUAGUAUAAAACAACAGUAUUCGAACAACAUCGAACUAAUUUAUUUCUUUUGCGAUAUUAUAUUGAUAUUAACAAAAGAUUUUAACAAAAACGAGUCACGCUUUUUCUUCUUCGUUUUCUAUUUUUUGUUCUCUUUUAUUUCUCCUCUUUUUUUUAAUCCUUGUAGAAAGAAGACUAGAUACGUAUAAUUAAAACUUUUCUAUCAAAUUUUUAUAUAUAUAUAUACAUACAUAUAUAUAUAUAUAUAUAUUUACAUAGCAUACUCAAAUGUAUGUAUUAUACUGCCCACACGCAAUAUAUAUUAUAAAUCGUUUACAUUAAUUUAAUUUUACAAUGUGUUCUUUUUUCUUUUUCUUAAAUUUUUCAAUAGAUGAUUAGACCUUAAAUGCAAUUUUGUACCUAACAAAAAGAGAAUAUAUUAUAUUUAUUAUAAGAAUAUGAUAUCUAUAAUUACUUUUUUUGAUAUAUCCCUUUAAUGUUAAUGUUAAUGUUAGAGAGAGAAAGAGAGAAAGAAAAAGAGGAUGAUCACACAAUGAGUCAUUCUCACUCCACAGGCCGAGUCUCACGGACCGUGACGACGUCCCAGCUUUGUCUACCUACGUUUAGUAACUUCAUCUCAUUUUCAAUUAUGUAAGCCUUCGUUUGCUAUGCAUCUAGGCCUAUUAGGACUUGACUUCGUCGAAAAACAAGUCAGACUAGGUAGAAAAUCUAAUGCUCAGGGUCAUCCUCUCGCGUGCUUCAGAGUUCAAGGAACUGUGAUCGUCUCGACAUCAAUCGACAUCCAUAAAAAAAAAAAAAAAAAGAAAUUUAAGAAAAAAAAUUUCGAAGGAUCAUAUAUAUGAAAAAGAAGAAGAAGAAGAAAGAAAGAUAUCAAGUGUGUAAAUAAAAGUACGAUCAAAUAAUGAUUUUUAUUGCAAUUGCAAUAAAAAAAGGAAAUCAUUAUGUCCAUAUAUUUUUCUUGAGUGUUUACGCCAAUGCGAAUAGCUGUAGCGGUCAUUAAUAUAUUCGGUUGUCAAGAUUUUUGUGCUAUCUUCAUGUAUAUAUACUAAUACAUUUAUAACUAUGUUCUCAUAUUUUUUUUUUUCUUGAAGAUAUAUUCUGAAAGUACCGUUCGAUUCUCGAUAUAUAUGUACAUACGUAUAUAUGUAUAUAUGGAUAUCAUUAAUAUAUCGAAUAUAUUUAUUUCCUUUUGUUCAUUUAUUUUUUAAUUACUAAUUAAUAUUUUUCUAACAGCUCUUUAAAAAAAUACAUCGUACAUUAAUCGCACUUU